GACUGACCUCCUUCCUUAUAAAACCCCUUGGGGUUCCUAGGCACCCAGACUUAGCCCACCCCCGACACUGGGGGCCAGGAGACAGUCAUGAUGCUCAACUGGAAACUGCUGGGGAUCUUGAUCCUUUGCCUGUGUGCUGGAGGCAUCUCAGGCAGCGGAGACCACCCUUCUCUCCCACCCACAGAAGCUGGAGAGGAGGAGGGCCCCCCAACACUACCUCAGGGCCCCCCUAUCCCUGGUGACCCUUGGCCAGGGGCGCCACCUCUCUUUGAGGACCCUCCACCUCCAGGCCCCAAUCGUCCCUGGAGAGACCUGCCUAAUUCUGGAGACUGGCCUCCUAAGCCCCCAACAACCACUCCUCCUCAGCCUCCCAGACCUGAUGAUCCCUGGCCAGCAGGACCUCAACCACCAGAAAACCCCUGGCCCCCUGCCCCUGAGGUGGACCAUGGAUCCCAGGAGGAGCCAGACCUCGACCCACCCCGGGAAGAGUACAGAUAACAGGAUGCUGCAGAGGCCUUCUCUUGUCCAGGCUGCGAGCACCUGAGCCCAUCUGUACCCUCUGUUCCUCUCAAAUUCUCUCCAAUUUGACCUAAAUCCUUAAUCCUCUUCCUCAUUACUCUUAUUAUGAACCCUAAAGAAAUCGCUCUGUUUUCUGUCUCCUCUUAAGACCCUAUUUACCCCUCGCAUUUCCCCCUCCUUUUUCUCUUAGAGCUAAACACCCCUACCUCGCCAGUCCUCUUCCCUUCCAUCUUCUCUUUCUUGGGGUGGAGCUAGCACCACUGAGUUCUCUGCUGCCACCUGGUGGUCUGUGACCGGAAGCUAUCAGGAAGAUGUGCUUCCAUGAAUGAAAACAAAAUAAACAUCAUGUGUUCUU